UCCUCAUUGCUUCAGCGACAAUGGUCGUGUACAAGACAAUCAGCCCUUUUUGGGAAAGGAAACAUGUAUUUCUGGGUGCCAAACCUGGCCGAGUGCUGUUCCCCAGCACAGGCUGCCGGGAGAGGUGCAGCUCUGGGAAAAGCCACCUUCAGCAGCUCCCAUCCAGGUGGGAACAGUGAGGCUGUUGGUUUCCCAAAACAAGCUAUUUUGUGCUUGGAGGUUUAUUUUUAGUCUCCAGACUUGGUGUCGUAGAUGCAGAACCUCAGGUCCUUGUGUGGGGGAUGGACCCUCAAGUCACCUGGGGUGGGUUGACCUCGGCUGGAGGCCAGGUGCCCCCCAGAGCUGCUCCAUCACUCCCCCUCCUGUACUAGACAGGGCAGAAAAGUGUAACGAAAGGCUGGUGGGUCGAGAUAAGGACAGGGAGGGAUCACUCACCAGUUAUCAUCACAGGCAAAACAGACUGAACUUUUAGAGGAGAAAAUUCAUCUAAUUUAUUACCAAGCAAAAGAGAAUAGAACAAUGAGAAAUAAACCCAAAUCUUAAAACACCUCCCCCCACCCCUCCCUUCUUCCCAGGCUCAACUUCACUCCCCAAUUCUACCUACUCCCCCCCAGCACCACAGGGGGACGGGGAAUGGGGGCUGUGGUCAGUUCAUCACCCCUUGUCUCUGCUGCUCCUUCCUCCUCAGGGCAGGACUCCUCACACUCCUCCCUGCUCCAGCGUGGGGUCCCCUCCCACAGGAGACAGUCCUCCACCAACUUCUCCAACGUGAGUCCUUCCCACGGGCUGCAGUUCUUCACCAACUGCUCCAGCGUGGAUCCCCCACGGGGUCACAAGUCCUGCCAGCAAACCUGCUCUGGUGUGGGCUCCUCUCUCCAUGGGGCCACAGGUCCUGCCAGGAGCUUGCUCCAGCGUGGGCUUCCCACGGGGUCACAGCCUCCUCCAGGUGCCUCCACCUGAUCCAGAGUGGGGUCCUCCACGGGCUGCAAGGGGAAUCUCUGCUCCAACAUCAUCCUUCCUCCAGGGUCUGCAGGGGGACAGCCUGCUUCACCAUGGUCUUCACCACGGGCUGCAGGGGGAUCUCUGCUCCUGCGCCUGCAUCGCCUCCUCCCCCUCCUUCUGCACUAACCUGGGUGUCUGCAGACUUUCUCACAUCUUAAUCUGGCUGCAAAAGCUGUUGAUCUUUUUUUUUCUCCUUCUUAUCUCUUUUGUCCCAGAGGUGCUACCACUGUCGCUGAUGGGCUUGGCCUUGGCCAGCACUGGGUCUCUCUUGGAGCUGGCUGGUCUUGGCUCUGUCAGACACAGGGGAAGUUUCUAGCAGCUUCUCACAGAAGCCACCCCUCUAGCCCCCUGCUACCAAACCCUUGCCACGCAAACCCUGAACAUCACCCCACAGGCAGUAAUUCUGCACCUGAAACCGAGCAGCCUGGUGCCUCCCACAGCUCGUGCCCAUCUGCUCCAGAUGCAGAUGUGGCUCCCCGCGAGCCCCGGGGCCCUCCUGAGUUAUUUGGUGACUCUCCACGUCCUGCGGCUGGGAUCAGCUGAUUUCAGCGUGGUGGGACCAGACCGCCCUCUCCGUGUUGCCGUGGGGUGGUAUGUCGUGCUGCCAUGUCACUUGUCCCCCCGUGCGGAGGCUCGGAGCUUGGACAUCAGGUGGAUCCGGAACCAGGUCUCUGAAACGGUGCACCAUUACCGAAACGGAGAGGACCUGUACAGUGAUCAGCUGGAGGAAUAUGUUGGGAGGACAGAGUUGGUCAGAGAUGGUCUCUCCCAUGGACGCCUGGACUUGCGAAUCUCUGAGUUGAGACCCUCUGACGAUGGUCAGUACAUCUGCACUGUGACAGAUGGUGCCUCUUAUGGAGAAGCUACGGUGGAUCUGGAGGUGGCAGCCACAGGUUCUGUCCCUCAGCUCUCCCUGGAGGCUUACGAGGACGGAGGCAUCCGGGUGGUGUGUCGAUCGGCCGGCUGGUACCCACUACCGGAGGUGCUGUGGAAAGAUCCCGAUGGAGAGCAUCUCCCCUCAGUCUCCCAGAGACAUUCCUCAGAUGCGAGGGGCCUGUUUGGCAUCGAAGGCGUCAUCAUUGUGUCCAAUGGGAACAGACGUGGGAAAUGGUCCUGCGUGGUCAGAAACAGCCGCCUCAACCAGGAGCAGGAGACGUCCCUGCACAUCUCAGCUCCCUUUUUCCACAAUGCCCGUCCCUGGAUGGUUGGUGUGGGGGUGCUCCUCGUGCUUUCAGUUGCGUUCCUUGGCCUCGGUGCUUAUCUGUGGAGAAGGAAAGUGCUGCAGUCCAGAGAGCUGGCAAAAACAGAUGCAUUACUGGAGGAACAAACAGCAGAACUGAUGGCCUGGAGAAAGUUUCUGCUUCCCCAUCAUCCAGACGUGGUGACCCUCGAUCCAAACUCGGCUCAUCCUAAACUUGUCCUGUCAGCGGAUGGGAGAAGUGUGAGAAGGGGAAGAGCACGGCAGGACCUGCCCGACACCCCUGAGAGAUUUGACACUCGGUGCUGUGUGCUGGGCCAGGAGGGGUUCAGGGAGGGGAGGCACUGCUGGGGGGUGGAGGUGAAGGGGGAGGUGGGAGGUUAUUCCUGGUGGGCUGUGGGGGUGGCCAGGGACUCUGUGGACAGGAAGGGGGAUACGGACCUGAGCCCUGCAGGAGGGAUCUGGGGGGUGCAGAACUGGAAAGGGCGUUUUGUGUCUCUCACCUCUUCUCCCACCUCCCUCUUUUGGGUCCCCAGGAGAUUCUGGGUCUGUCUGGACUGCACGCAGGGGCUGGUGACUUUCAUUGAUGCCGACAGCGGGGUCGAGAUCUUCACUUUCCCACCAGCCUCCUUCAAUGCAGAGAUCAUCCGACCCUGGUUUUUGCUUGGGACAGAGGAAACCCAGCUGUGCCUGAGGGACUGCACCUCCUAGACCCUCUGCCCCCCUUCCAUCCCCACCACAGCCCCGGACAGCCCCUGCCCUUCUGCAGACACUGCCCGCUCUCCUCUCCUCCAUCCUGCAGGAGCACUUGUCCCUCUCUGCCCUGCCCAAGCCCACCCUGCCCAGGCACAGCACCAUGGCCUUCAAGAAAGCUUUAUGGGUGACC